CCCUGAUUUCAGCAUUUCUCUCUGUUUCUUAAACAAAUUUGGGGGUUUUUCAAAAAUUUCCAAAAAUUAAGCUAGGGUUUGUUUGGUGAUUCAAUUUUCCAUAUGUAAAAUGUUAGAUAGAUAGUCAUAGUGUUCUUCACUGUGCUUGGUCACCUUGUCUUGUCCAUUUUAGGUCAUUUGUGCUAGCAAUUGAUUAUGUGUAUGGUGGUAGGAUGGGGGACAUCGAGCUAGAAAAGGUAGAGGACCAACAACCUUGAAAUUUCUGGAUACUCUAAAGCCAGGACAGAAAUUUCAAGUUGAAUCCUGGCGUAAUUCACCUGUCAGGCGAAACUCUAAUUACAUGAUUAUCUACAUUAGCCACCUAGCUAAAGAUGGCAACAAAUUACCAUUGUCAGUAUCAAAUUGGAGUCAUAUGCCUGCUGUGGUCGUUGAGAAAGCUAGGCUGGAAGUAAAGAAAGUAUUUGAUGGCCCGGAUAAUCUGGAUGACUGGAUUAGAGCUAAGCUGCACGAUAGGUGGAAACAUCACAAACAUUUGGUAAAGAAAGAAGGAUUCUAUAAGUACACUACUCAAGAAGAACGUCUUGCUCAUCGACCCAACGAUGUUGUUGAGAGCCAGUGGGUGGAAUUGGUUGAGUAUUGGCAAAAUCCAAAGACAGAAGCAAAAUCUGCUGCGUACAAAGAAAAUGGGUCUAAACAAACAGCUCAAAAAAGUACCGGUGCUAGACCACAUGUGAAAUACGCAGCAGAGUUAGCAGCUAAGCUUAAAAGAGCCCCUACAGCUAAGGAGAUAUACAAUGCUAUAUCCAUGGACAAUUCGGAUGACCCCUUUGGUGACACGAUUUAUUUGUGGAUCUGUUUUUCUCGUUUUUCAUUUUCAAAUUAUGAAUAUUUUACAUCUCACUUCACUUGAUUACAAAAAUGAUAUAUUUGUAGAAGCAAAUGGAGGGCUUAGAAAGCAAGCCAAGCCAACAUAGCUCUAAAAGCUCUUCAAAAUAAUGAAGAUGAGUGCGGAAGCAUCUGGAUCUCGGGGAAAAAAAGCAGUCCUAAGAAUAAACCAUUGCGCCGAUCAGAAAGAUUGAAUAAACCGGAGCACCUGCCUUUAUCAAGAUCUAACUCUACUCCAGCCAGUCCUGUUCCUCUGAUCCAGGAAUGUGUUACAGAAGAUGGCGAGGAUAACAUGCAAGCUGAGUCAGAUGAAUCCAUUGAAGGUUUUAGGUCUGUUGGGGAGCCUGUUGAAGCUGCAAGGAUGACAUCCUUUGCUGAACCUGUUGAAGCUGCAAAGUUGACAUCCUACCCUAAGUGUCCAACUGUCGAUUCCAUAUUGGUAUCUAUUUCCCCUCCCACGGAUAUUUCCGCAAGUGUUUUUGGUCGAGGGAGUGAUGAAGAGUUUGAGUUAGUUGCCAGCUUAAACAUCGAAACAGAGUAUGCAAUGUUGUAUAAGAAGAUCAUGGAAGCUAGGUCGGAUGAAUCCCUUGAAGGUUUUGGGUCUGUUAAGGAACCUGUUGAAGCUGCAAGGAUGACAUCCUCUGCAUCCUCUGGUGAACCUAUUGAAGCUGUGAAGGCAACAUCCUUUGUUGAACCUGUUGAAGCUGCUAGGCCGACAGCCUCAUCAUCCUCUGCUGAACAUGUUCAAGCUGCAAGGCUGACAUCUAUUUCCUCUCCCAUAGAUACCUCCACAAGGGUUUCUGGUGGAGAGAGUGAUGAAGAAUUAGAGUUUGUUGACAACUUCCAUAUCCCAAAAGGGUAUACAGUUUGGUGUAAGAAAACCAUGAAAGCUGAGCCAGAUGAAUCCCUUGAAGGUUUUGGGUCUGUUGGGAAACCUGUUGAAGCUGCAAGGAUGACAUCCUCUGCAUUCUCCGACGAACCUGUUGAAGCUGCGAAAACAACCACCUCCGCUGAACCUGUUGAAGCUGCGAAAACAACAUCCUCCGCUAAGUGUCCAACUGUUGGCUCCAAAUUGGUAUCUACUUCCUCUCCUAAACAUAUCUCUGCUCCUUUUGUUAGGUCCACAAGUGUUCCUGGCCCAGGGAGUGAUGAAAAAUUUGAGUUUGUUGAUAACUUCAAAAUCCCAAAAGAAUAUGCAGUAUUGUAUAGAAAGAUUUUUGGUAAGUAUGGGCAUAUGGCGACAAAGAGAGUCAUCAAGUCGAAUGAUACUAUAUUAGUGGCAUGUGUUAGUAGCUUGUUGGAGAUGAUCUCUACAAUGGAAACUACGCGGGGUGCUGCUUUAAGUGAAUCUCUACCGCAAACAUGGGAAGGAGACAUUGAAGAUGUUGAGAACUUGGGAUUCAAAAUUAAAUGGCUUCGAAACAAGUUCGAUGAAGCUAAGAACAAUUGGAAGUCUUCAUCUGGAAUACAUAAUGAUGUUGAAAUCCAUAAAAAAGAAUUGGAUGCGACACAGGUGAAAUAUGCAGGUCUUUUGGCAAGAAAAGAAGAACUUCAUCAAGAAAUUUCAAAGGUCAUUAUGGAGAUAAGGGAAGCUGAAGCGAAGAUUUCGUCCGAGAAAAAGACUAUUCAAGAAAAGUUGGCUCCAGAAAACAAUUUCUUGGAUGGACCUAUUUUAGGGAAGCUGCUCAGUUGAAUGUAACUGAAUCGAGCUGUUGUUGGUGUGAAUGAGUAGCUUCUGUAGUGUAGGGGUGUCUUGUCUAACAGUCUAGCUACUUACUUUUGGCAUCUCUAGGUUGACUUGUAUUGGAAAGCCUAUUCGGAAAUAACCUUGUCCUGUAGGUCUGUAUGUAAUGUCCUAAAUUGAUUCAGAACUGGAAAGGUCUUACUAAUCUUUUGAAGGCAU